AUGCCGCCUGCAAACGACAGUUCCGUUUCUGCCGGGCGAUUGGUGCCUGAACGAUCAUCCAGACUCAUUCUCCUUGUCUUCCUCGUCGUCACGGCCAACUCACUGACCUUAGGUUACGAUGGAAACAUGAUGAAUGGACUACUGAUCCUCCCUUCAUUUGCCGACUACUUGCAUUUGAACACUGGUUCUGAGGCUGCAAGCUCCGCAAUCAUGUGGGUUGGUGCCGCAGUCAUCGCCCCAUUCGGGGGCCCUUACUUGGAUAAAUUCGGCCGCAAGAACGGUCUACUUGCCGCAACUGUCAUUACAACCGCCGGGGUUAUUCUGCAGUCCGCAGCUGUGAAUGCUGCCAUGUUCAUGAUCGGACGUUUCAUCCUGGGAACGGGUAUUGGACUCAACUCCAUGGCCUGUCCGAUUUACGCCGCCGAAAUCGCGCCAACCAAAUUUCGAGCCCUCAUGCUAGGCUUUUAUUACAACCUGUUCUUUCUCGGCGGUCUUAUUGCGGCAUUGGUCACCUAUCGAUCAGCCCAGAUCGAAAAUACCUGGUCCUGGAGGUUGCCUUCUAUCGCUCAAAUUGUCCCUAGCAUUUUCUGCGUCGUCGUUUUGCCUUUCGUUCCCGAGAGUCCUCGAUGGCUCAUCUCUCAAGGCAAGAACGAGCUGGCAAUUAAGAUAUUGGCCAUGGCCACUUCCAACGGUGAUACGGCCGACAACCAAGUACUCACAACAUACAGUCAAAUCCUCGAGACUAUCGAACACCAGAAAGCAAACCCAGCUUCACAGAGUUGGCUUGCAGCGGUGAAAACUCAAUCAAACCGGAGAAGAAUCUCACUGGCCCUCUCUGUCGCUAUUAUCGUCAAUUUGAGUGGAAGCAUUAUAGCAGCGUACUGGCUGGGAGCAAUGCUUAGUCAAGCUGGCGUGACAGACACAGUCAGCCAACUGCAGAUCAAUAUUGCUCUCAACGUAUGGUGUCUAGUCUGUGCAUGUACAGGCACCUAUUUCGCGGACAGCAUUGGCCGGAGACGUCUUGCAAUUGGCAGCUUAUCGUGGUCUAUCGUUCUCCUAUAUUUAGUAGGAGGAUUGACGAAAUUGUAUGGUUCAUCCAGCAACAAAUCCGCCGUGUAUGGCACUGUUGCAUGCAUCUUCUUGUUUCAAGGUGGCUUCAGCCUUGGAUGGGCUACAUUGAUUGUUAUGUAUCCGCCCGAGGUAUUGAGUUUCUCACUCCGUGCAAAUGGCAUGGCUAUGUACACAUUUUUGUCUAACGCGGCAGGGGUUUUUGCUAUUUUUGUCAUGCCCAUUUCUCUGGAACAUAUCGGCUGGAAGACAUAUAUCAUCAAUGCCUCAUUUGAUAUCUUGGAGCUUGCUUUUAUAUACUUCUUCUGGGUGGAGACAAGUAAGCGAUCACUGGAGGAAAUUGAAGAACUCUUUGACGAGAAAAUGGGACUCAGCAUUGAGAAUGUUAUGGAAGGCGACAAUAUUGAGGGCAGGAAGACCUCCUUGGUGGAUGUUUCUGUGCUGCCUAGCGAUAAAAUCAAUGGGGAAAAAGCAACCUGUACUUGA